CCUGAAUCGAUUAGGGUUUGUAUUCCUUUUCUCCAGGGUGCGCUGAUAUGGACUACAAAGAGUUAGAGAAGGAUGAUCCUGAUAAUAAACAAGAUGCUCAAACUUCUUUGAGUGGCAGCAACCCAGAUAUUGUAGUUUGGAGAGGUGUUGAGUAUGACUUGUCGAAAGGAGAAGAAUAUGUAGGCUGUGACGGACCAGUGGUAGGUGAGUCAGAUCCUUUACCACCUGGAUAUGGAAGGACUUCUUACUUCCCUGGCGGACCUAAGACCUUCGUUGUGCUCAUGUGGUGCCGUGGUUGUUGCGAGGUUGGAUCCCACUGGAUGACAGACUGCCCAAACAAGAAAACAGAAGCGUUCAAAAAGAAUAUUCGUGAUAUGGCUGGGCCUAACUUCCCUUGGGAUGAGUACCACAAAACUAAAACCUAUCAUGAUAGUCAUGAUGAUGAUGAUGGUGAGACCAAUCAGACAAAAGCCGACUAG